UCGCCACAAUUACAAAAGUAAAUCGUGGUGAUGGAGGCGAUUAGCGAGGACGUGGUCGACGAGACCCAUGGAGGCGUGCAGGCGAGUAGCAGCAGCGCAGCAUCGAUUGAAGUCACGACCCCGAGAGGAACCAAGCGCAGCGCGAGCCACCGUCGAGUGCGGUCGAUUGUGGUGGGCGGGCCUAUCGAGUUGAACAAGAUCAAGAAAGAGCAAGAAGUCGAAACGCUUCACAGCGAACUGGAGAAACAACACAAAGCGCUGGAAGUGUCGUUGGAAGAAACCCAGUUGGCUGCUCGCAUCGGACAAUCGUUGUUGCUUCAAAACCAGCAACUCGACUACGAAAUGGAAUCCAAACUGACGGCCUUGAAACAACGAAGCGACGACGCCGAAGGGCAAGUCAAGAUUUUGGAGCAAAAGUUGCAAGACAUGAUGUUGUUGCACCGGGAAAUGGACAUUAACCACACCAAACUCGUGCGAGAAAACGAUUUGUUGGUGUAUGAGCUGUCACAAGCCAAGAUCACAAUCAAACCAUUGAAAGACGAGCUGGUGAAAACCAAGGACGAACUCAAUACCGCCCAAUUGAGUGCCUUGCGGUCGGCCGCAGACGCCACGGAAUUGCAAACAAGGCACGAUACGUUGAAGCAACGCUACAUCAUGUUGGAGUCGGAAAACGAAUCGCUGGAGGCACAAUUGAUUGACCUUCGCGGCAAUUCGCACGAGAACGACCUGCGCAUUGAUCAAUUGGUCGAGGCGCUCGCCAACACGACUCAAAACUACGACCAAGUGCAAAGUCAAUUUGACUUUCUCAGCGACAAACACGCAGAAACGUCCCAGCUGUUGCAAGCUCUGACAAUCCAGCACGAAGCCGUUCGUGAAGAAGCGUCGACUGCAAUUCAGCAGGUCGCUGUCCUCACGGCUGACGUUGAAAGCAUUUCGGAAUUGCUCGAACACGAGCGCCAGGUGGCCCAAGAUUUGCUGCUAAAGCACAACGAGCUUGUCGAGAGCAUUGCCAAUGGCAACCCAUCGCCCCUCAAUCCAAACAGCAGCCACCGUCGCCAGUCCAGCGAGUUUUCCGUGUCGAAUCCGACCUCCCCCCUCUACGCCCGGUCCGAUUCUUAUCAUCAAUCGACGACCCUGCCAUCGUCGUUCUUGCGCCAAUUACACCAAAGCAUGGAUGGCCAAGACGGCGGCAACCCCACCGGCUUUGACUGCACGACCAUGUUACACCAGGAAUCUGCUCAGGAGAAACGCCGGGCCGAGGUGCUGAAACGAGGGUCGCUCUUCCACGAACUGUCGAGGGAACUCGAGAAGGAGUUUAUGAAGGCCAAGCAAGCGCCGUUGCCCCUCCCCCCCCCUCCAUCGUCGUGCUCGAAUUGCACAGUGCUGAUGGAACGGGAGGCGGCCCUUGCUCAACAGGUGGCCUCCAUGACGCUGGAGAUGCAGCAUCUUCGCGAGGUACUUCCGUCCAAACGAUAUUGGUUUGAGUGGACAUGGGCAUUUGCAGACUGCUGGACGCGCGUCACCCGUCAAGCCCGUGCGACGACCAAGUGCAUCGUGCACCACAUGCUCACUGCUCCUGCACCGGGAGGCAGAACAGGCGCAACACAUGGCGACAUUGCACCAGGAGAUCCAUCGAUUGAACGCUCUGGUCGCGUCCAAACCCGAGCCAUUGCCAGAAGAAAACUUGCUCAAAGAAUUCUUUGUGUUGACGGCGGCCGCCAUCAAAAUUGCCGGCGCGGGUAUCCAGAACGACCGGUGCAACAUUGCGAACGAGGUUUUGUUUGACCAAGCAAUGGCCGAAGACAUGACAUUUGACAAAUUCCACGACUGGAUCUUCGCUCGCUUGGAGUCGCCACCUUAACCACUCGAUAAUUCCACGCAUUUACCUCCACAA